UGUAACCUCGCGCAACCUGCCGCAUAAUCCUGAAUCUUGAGCAAUCGGUCAUCAAGCACUCAUCAACCCGCACUGAACCAGCGUGGUUAGUUACAGUUCAACCCCAUAACGACAACACGUAAAGCGUGGAGAAACCUGUGGAGGCCACACGCCAACAACUGACAACCAUGAACUGGCAGAUUCUCUUCGUUGCUAUGGUUGCGCUCGUCGUAGCUGACGAAAAAUGCUUGGAAGGCCCGCACCACAAAGAUAAACCAUCACCAGAGGGAGAUGGCUACGUUGAAUGUUUGUCUUGGAAACAAUCAUCCUGUUGUCUAGCCAACGUAACGCAGGAGAUCGCCACACACAAAGCUAAAAACCUCUACAACUAUCACUGGGAUCGUUGCGGCACCCUGUCCCAAGCCUGCGAGUUAUACAUCAAGGACGAAGAGUGUUUUUACCAGUGUGAACCUGCCCUGGUACGCUUUCCGGCUGCAAAGAAGGGCUACGUCAAAGGAAUCCCCAUUUGCGCCAAGUAUUGUAACGUCUGGUUUGAGGCCUGUAAGAAUGACCUUACUUGCGUUGUGGACUGGCUCGCUGACUUCAACUACACCACAGGUGAGAAUCACUGCCCAACAGGAUCCCAAUGUCGCACCUUCGCUGAGGUGUACAAAAAUGGCCAGGGACUUUGUGAAAGAAUGUGGGGGGAAGCUUUCACCUAUGAAACUUCUAAUAACUGCAUGGUUAUGAAAUUCGAUUCGACCAAGCCCAAUCCAAACGCGCAAGUUCAGCCCAAAUCGAGCAAAGCCUCGCGCUUGCAUUUUGCAUGGGCUGCAAUUGUCUUUGUUAUUUUCUCUCUUCUUCGUUAGAUAGUGCACUUUCUUAAUU